UACCGCUCGUUCUGCUCGUUCGUCGGGUGUUUACUACUUAAUAUUUAUAUUUAAAAUUUGUUUUUUUUUUCAAAAAAAUCUGUGCAAUAUUUAAUAAAGAAUUGUUAAUUUUUAAUUUUUAUUUAUUCUAAUGCGUUAUUUCGUUUUGUUUUUAUAAUAAAAUUAAAAUAUUUUAUUUUGGGCCGUGUUUAUAUCGCUGCGUGUGUUUAUUAUUAAAUAUUAUUAUACCUAGGCUGUAGUCAAAUCUAAUAAGACAAAACAAAAGAAAAAAAAACCCAGACUAUAUUCUCACAAUGUUGUCUGCGCAUUAUCUGUAACUUGCGAUCACAAUUUAGUACGGCCGAUCAUUACGAUUUAAAACAGGAUUAGAUACAUACGAUGAGACCAUGGCUUGGUCUUUUGUGCCUAAGCAUUGUCACAUUAUGCGUGGGACAGCGUCAACGUCCAAUUUAUAUGAACCAAUUCGCUGUUCACAUACCAAAAGGUUCCGAGCACGCUGAACAAAUUGCUGCCAAACAUGGUUACAACAAUAUAGGACAGAUCGGAAGUUUACAAGGAUUUUACCUCUUCGAACACAAACAUGUACACAAACGGUCGCUGGAAUUCAGCACUGUUCACCACGAGAAGCUCAUGGAAGAACCGGAGGUACAUUGGGUGCAGCAACAACAUGAGAAAAAAAGGCGAAAACGCGAUUUUUCUGGACCAAACUUACCCUCGACGGUUUAUGCCGGACCUGAGUUUUACCAACAGCAAACGUCUGGUGGACCAUUACCUCCUCUUGCCCAGGGACAGCAAUCGUACAGACGCAUCGGAAACGUCCAUAAUGUAUUUUCUGACCCGCUUUUCAAAGAACAAUGGUAUUUGAACGGAGGCGCUCUUGACGGGUUUGACAUGAACAUGGGACCGGCCUGGCAAAAAGGAUACACUGGUAAAAACGUUGUCGUCUCUAUACUCGACGACGGUAUACAAACUAACCAUCCCGAUUUAGCGCACAAUUAUGACCCGAGUGCUAGCACAGAUAUAAAUGACAAUGACGACGAUCCUAUGCCCAGAGACAAUGGAGAUAACAAGCACGGGACUAGAUGUGCCGGCGAAGUGGCGGCCAUUGCAUUCAACCAGUAUUGCGGUAUCGGUGUGGCUUACAAUGCCAGUAUUGGUGGGGUGAGGAUGUUGGACGGAACCGUAAACGACGCGGUUGAAGCCCGUGCUUUGGGUCUGAACAUUAAUCAUAUAGACAUAUACAGCGCAUCCUGGGGUCCAGAAGAUGAUGGAAAAACCGUCGAUGGACCCGGACCAUUAGCUAGGAGAGCAUUCAUUUACGGUGUGACUUCGGGUCGUCAUGGAAAAGGAUCAAUUUUCGUUUGGGCUUCGGGUAAUGGAGGUCGGCACACGGACUCGUGUAAUUGCGACGGAUACACGAACAGCAUUUUUACAUUAUCAAUAUCCAGCGCUACACAAGGAGGAUACAAACCAUGGUACCUAGAAGAAUGUUCGUCCACCUUAGCCACCACUUACAGUUCAGGUACGCCGGGUCAUGACAAAAGUGUGGCCACUGUUGACAUGGACGCCAAACUCCGUCCGGAUCAUAUUUGCACAGUGGAACAUACCGGCACUUCGGCAUCGGCUCCUUUAGCCGCAGGGUUGUGCGCUUUGGCGUUAGAAGCCAAUCCAGCACUGACAUGGCGUGACAUGCAAUACAUAGUAGUGCUCACGUCGAAAGCAGGUCCUUUGGAAAGAGAAGGCGGAUGGAUAUCUAACGGAGUCGGUCGCAAGGUGAGUCACAAAUUCGGUUACGGUCUGAUGGACGCCGGUGGAAUGGUUUCUUUGGCCGAACAAUGGACAACAGUGCCGCCGCAACACAUUUGCAAAUCCCAGGAAAUCGCCGAAGAAAGGCAAAUCGACCCGUCGCCGGGAAGCACGCUGACAGUUUCCAUGGAAGUGGGAGGAUGCCAGGGCACUCUGAACGAAGUGCGGUUCGCCGAGCACGUGCAGUGCAAGAUCUCACUGAGGUUCUUCCCGAGAGGCAACCUGCGCAUCGACCUCACGUCGCCGCUGGGCACCACGUCCACGUUGUUAUUCGAACGUCCACGAGACGUGGUCAGUUCCAACUUCGACGACUGGCCGUUCCUGAGCGUGCACUACUGGGGCGAGAAAGUGGAUGGCACGUGGACGAUGACCGUACACAACGGCGGCAACCGGCACGUCAACCAGCCGGGCAUAUUGAAAAAGUGGCAGCUCAUAUUCUACGGCACGGCCACCAACCCGAUCCGACUGCGGUCACCGCAGUCGCCGCCGCCGUCACCGCCGUUCGCCAUAUCGUCGCAACACCACCACCAGCAGCUGCCCCAGCAGCAACAGCCGCCCAACAACAACUUCCCGUACGCCCAACUCGGCGGCCAACCCGUGUCCAACCCGUCGGUGUACCACAGCAGCGUCAUAACCGACAUACUGCAACGGGCCGGAUUCCCGCCGGCGAGCAUCCCGGACGUGUUCGGCGCCGGCAGCGAAUACGAGCCUUCCGUCACUUCACUGACGAGCGCCCGUUCCAAUUCCCAGACAAGUGUCGAACGACCCAUCGACGGACAGAUGAUCUUGCACGACUGUGACCCCGAAUGUGACUCUAUCGGAUGCUACGGCAAAGGCCCGACCCAAUGCGUCGGCUGUCGCAACUUUAAACUUGACAAUACUUGUGUCAGCCGUUGCCCUCCGCGCAGUUUCCCUAACAAAGGAGGCGUUUGCUGGCCGUGCCACGAGUCGUGCGAAACUUGCGCCGGUGCCGGACAAGACAGUUGCUUGACUUGCGCCCCAGCCCACCUCAGGGUCACCGACUUGGCCGUGUGCUUACAACAAUGUCCGGACGGAUAUUUCGAAAACACCGAAGAAGGCACUUGCGUGGCUUGCGGUCCGAACUGCGGUAGCUGCGAAGGCAGACCCGACCUCUGUACCAGCUGUGAACACCACUUGGUCCUGCACAACAACCAGUGUUACGCCAAUUGCCCAGUCAACACCUACGAGACAAACGACUAUAGAUGCGGUGCGUGUGACUCCAAGUGCGAUUCGUGUACCGGACCCAACCCGGACCAGUGUAUAACGUGCAAGAGCGGAUUUUUCGAACACAAAGGCGCGUGCCACGCAAAGUGUCCCGAUUUUCAUUAUGCCGAUCAAAAGCGUCACGAGUGUUUAGCCUGCCCGGCGGGUUGCGUGUCGUGCAACUCGACCGUUUGCUUUGAGUGCGACGAAGGGUUCGCGUUGAACGGCAAAGGCCGCUGCGCCAAAAACGGCAGUCAACAGUGUCAACCAGCAGGCCAGUUUUGGACCGGUACCCAGUGCCAGGCGUGCCACGGUUCGUGCGAAACUUGCAACGACCCGUCCGAACAGAACUGCCUAACCUGUCGCGCCCCGGCCAUGUUCCAGGCGCCCGGGUCAUGCGUCGACCAGUGUUCCGUCGGCUUCUACCCGGACUUGCGGUUCGGCAACUACGCCACGUGCCAACCGUGCCCGCACCCGUGCGUCGAAUGCGUGUCCCGCACCAACUGUACCACGUGCCAUUCGCCGUUACUGCUGCAGACCGGCCAGUGCCGCACCACAUGCGCUCCCGGAUAUUACAGCGACGUGGGAUCUUGCGCUAAAUGUUAUCUCAGCUGUAUGACGUGUAGCGGUCCGCGCAGAGAUCAGUGCGUGAGUUGCCCGCGUGGAUGGCAGUUGGCCGCCGGCGAGUGUCACCCGGAAUGUCCGCAAGGGUUCUUCAUGUCCGAUUUCGGCUGCCAGAAAUGCCAUCAUUACUGCAAAACCUGCAAAGGCGAAGGUCCGCUCCAGUGCACGUCUUGUCCGCCGCAUUUCAUGCUCGAAGACGGCCUGUGCUCGGAGUGCUCGGGAUCGCAGUACUACGAUCCGCCGACGCAACUGUGCAAACCGUGCCAUUCGUCGUGCCGUGCGUGUACGGGACCGGGUCCGUUCAGCUGUUCGGCGUGCAUGUUCCCGCUGCACCUGGACCGCAAGAACUCGCAGUGCGUCGCGUGUUGCGGCUCGCACCAUCCGCGGGACGGUUGUUGCGCCUGCAGUAACGAAACCGGCGAGUGUCACAACGAGACGCCGGCCGAAAAACGGCGGACGUCUGUCGACCUCGAGCUGGAAGCCGCGGCCGUCAAACCAGAAGCCCGCAAGAACGCCAGCGUGGUGAACGCCGCCACCAUUGUGUAUCUGAUGGCCGCCGUAUUCGCCUCGAUACUGACCACAUUGUCCGUCGUCAUGAUCAAACGCAAUCGCAGACAACAUUCGGGCUACACAAAGUUGUUGAUACGACAAAACGAAAUGAACUUGGAAGACAACGACUGCGGUAAAGAGCUUUUCGCCGAUACGUGACCGCCCAAUUAAAUACCGAUUAUAUAUGUACAUAAUUUCUGCCCGUGCUCGGAUCAAUGUUUAGAACAACACGCUAAAGAACAAAAAAAAAAAAAAAAACCCCAGCUACUUACUCAAUACGCACUACUUA